AUGAAAAAAAUUGAUUCUCCAGACAACGUCAGCCUGAUUAAAAAGCAGCUUGAGGCACAAACAAGAGAGCAUAAUCUUCUAAAGAAUCAGAUCCCAAAUCAUGAGCAAUUCUUAAAGGUAAGCACAAAGCAAUGUAGUUUCUUUAUUCUCCGUCAAGAAUCAGGUUGCAGUGGCUACCAAAUAAUAGCAACACACUCCCUCAAAAAGCUCUUUCUUUCAGUCUUCUUUUUUAGUUUUUGUGGACUUGUUUUUUGUUGCCCUUCUCUCAUUGUUUCUGCUUGAAGAGCGAAGACUUUGGACAGUUUUUUUUGCAGAAUGGGGCGAUUUGAAUUUCCCUGACAUUAAUGAUACUUUGCUGUCAACUUUGUAAGUUUGAAAAUCGAAAGAAAAGAAAGGCACAAUUUUAACAACAGUAUUAAAAUGCAGUUUUUAUCACUGCUGGAAGUGUGCUGUGCCUACAUUUAUUCAUGUAUUUAUUUUGACUUAAGAUGAUGGACAGAUUCGAAGAUUCUCUUGUCUCAUUGGGGGAGAUGUUGGGGCACAGAUUGUCACAGAUCAAACAAUGGCUAGAAUAUUUAGAGACUGUGGUAAGUUGAAUCAUAAUAAUAACCUUUAUUUAUCCAUCUUUUAAAAAUAUAUACAAUGGAUUUACAAUACUAUAAAAUGCUAUCAAGUGAUUAUUCUAAUAAAAAAGUAAGAAAAGUAGGUAAGAAAGUAAGUCCAAGUAAGUAAGUAAAAAUAACAGGUCAUUAAAGAAGUCUAGCAGCUCUUGCUAUAAAUGAAUUUGCAUGUCGUUGCGUCCCUGACUGUGGUAUUGCUACUGAACCUGGUUUGGAUCUUAAGUUAUAGCCGUGGCUGGUAUUUAGCUUAGUGAGAAAAAUUUGAUUUGGGUGGUUAAUAUAAUUCACAAUUCUUACUAAUUCACGCUUUGUUGCUACAUUGCACCUGUCCUCUAGUGUUGGAAGGAAUGUUCUUGGUAUCCUGAUGAUAUCUACACACCUGUUUUGUAAAGACUGCAACUCUUCUGUAAGGUGCUUUGGCAAGCCGCCCCACAGUGGGGAGGCAUAUUCGAGAAGUGGGCGUUUUCUGGUACAAUAAUAUAUCCUGAUGCUGAUCUCUGUAGGUAGGUUUGCUUUCAUACAUUCCCUAAAAAAAUACAAUCUCUUGCUGGCUUUCUUUACAGUCAGUUCAACACGGUAAUUCCAACAUAGGUUGUCUUGUUGCCAUACCCCCAGUAGCUUAAACUUGCAUACCCUCUCUCUUACAACCAGGGGUCUUAGAACCAGGGGUUCUUAAAAUCGGGGGUCUUACAAACCGGGGUUCUUACAACCAGAAGCCUUAGAACCAGUGGUUCUUACAAUCGGGGGUCUUAACACUAGGGGUUCUUACAACCAUGGGUCUUACAACCAGGGGUUCGUACAACCGGGGUCUUAAACCAGGGGUCUUACAUCCAGGGGUUCUUACAACCAGUGGUUCGUACAACUGGGGGUCUUACAACCAGAGGUUCUUACAACCACCGGUCUAAGGGUUCCGACAAUUAGGGGUCUUACAACCAGGAGUUCUUAUAACCAGAGGUCUUACAACCAGGAGUUCUUAUAACCAGAGGUCUUACAACCAGGGGUCUUACAACCAGAGCAUCUUAGGACCAGGGGUUCUUACAACCAGGGGUCUUAGAAGCAGGGGUUCUUACAACGGGGGGUCUUACAACGAGGGGUUCUUAUAACCAGGGGUUCUUACAACUAACAGUCUUAUGACCAGGGGUUCUUAUAACCGGGGGUCUCACAACUAAGGGUUCCGACAAUUCGGGGUCUUACAACCAGGAGUUCUUAUAACCAGCAGUCUUACAACCAGGGGUCUUAGAACCAGCGGUUCUUACAACCGUUGGUGUCACCACUAGGGGUUCUUACAACUGGGGGUCUUACAACGAGGGGUUCUUACAACCAGGGGUCUUACAACCAGCGGUUCUUAUAACUAACAGUCUUAUGACCAGGGGUUCUUAUAACCGGGGGUCUCACAACUAAGGGUUCGACAAUUAGGGGUCUUACAACCAGGAGUUCUUAUAACCAGCAGUCUUACAACCAGGGGUCUUAGAACCAGCGGUUCUUACAACCGUUGGUGUCACCACUAGGAGUUCUUACAACUGGGGGUCUUACAACGAGGGGUUCUUACAACCAGGAGUCUUACAACCAGGGGUUCUUACAACUAACAGUCUUAUGACCAGGGGUUCUUAUAACCGGGGGUCUCACAACUAAGGGUUCCGACAAUUAGGGGUCUUACAACCAGGAGUUCUUAUAACCAGAGGUCUUUCAACCAGGAGUUCUUAUAACCAGAGGUCUUACAACCAGGGGUUCUUACAACCAGAGCGUCUUAGGACCAGGGGUUCUUACAACCAGGGGUCUUAGAAACAGGGGUUCUUACAACUGGGGGUCUUACAACGAGGGGUUCUUACAACCGGGGGCUCUUACAACUAACAGUCUUAUGACCAGGGGUUCUUAUAACCGGGGGUCUCACAACUAAGGGUUCCGACAAUUAGGGGUCUUACAACCAGGAGUUCUUAUAACCAGCAGUCUUACAACCAGGGGUCUUAGAACGAGCGGUUCUUACAACCGUUGGUGUCACCACUAGGGGUUCUUACAACCGUCUGUCUGACAGCGUGGGGUUCUUAAAACCAGGGGUCUUUCAACCAGGGGGUCUUACAACCAGGGCUCUUACAACCAGGUUUUCUUACAACUGGGGGACUUACAACCAGGGGUUCUUACGACUAAAAGUCUUACGACCGAUGGUUCUUUCAACCGGGGGUCUCACAACUAGGGGUUCCGACAAUUAGAGGUCUUACCACCAGGGGUCCUUAUAACCAGCAGUACAACCAGGGGUUCUUACAACCAGGGGUCUUACAACCAACGGAUCUUACAACCGCGGGUCUUUUAACCUGAGGUUCUUACAACCUUGGGUCUUACAACAAGGGGUUCUUACAACCAUAGGUCUUAGAACCGAGGGUCUUACAACCAAGGGUUCUUACAAGCGGGGGUCUUACAACCAGUGGUUCUUACAACAAGGGGUUCUUACAACCUUGGGUUUUUAAAACCAGGGGUCUUAGAACCAGGGGUUCUUACUACCGGGGGUGUUACAACUAGUUGCUCUUACAACCAUCAGUCUUACAACCAGGGGUUCUUACUACCGGGGGUCUUACAACCAGGGGUUCUUACUACCGGGGGUCUUACAACCAGGGGUUCUUACUACCGGGGGUCUUACAACCAGGGGUUCUUACAACCAGGGGUCUUACAAGCAGGGGUUCUUCAAACCAGUGGUCUUACAACCAGCGGUUCUUACAACCAGGGUUUCUUCCAACCAGGUGUUCUUACAACCGGGGGUCUUACAAGCAGGGGUUCUUACAACCAGGGUUUCUUACAAGCAGCGGUCUUACAAGUAGGGGUUCUUACAACCAGUGGUUCUUGCAACCGGAGGUCUUACAACCAGGGGUUCUUACAACAAGGGUUCUUACAACCAGGGGUUCUUGUAACUGGGGGUCUUACAACCAGGGCUUCUUGCAACCAGGGGUCUUACAAUCAGGGGUCCUUACAACCGGAGGUCUUACAACCAGGGGUUCUUACAACCAGGGGUUCUUAUAACCAGGGGUUUUUACAAUCAGGGGUUCUUAGAACAAAAGGGUGUACAACCAGGGUGUUACAAGCACGGGUUUUGUGCGAUUAGGGGUUCUUACAACCAGGGGUCUCACGACCAGGGGUUCCGACAAUUAGGGGUCUUACAACCAACGGUUCUUACAACCAGUGGUCUUACAACCAGGGGUUCUUACAACCAGUGGUCUUAGAAGUAGGAGUUCUUACAUCCAGCUGUCUUACAACUAGGGGUUCUUACAACCACGGGUCUUAAAACCAGGGGUCCUUACAACCAGGGGUUCUUACAACAGAGGGUUUUAGAAGCAGGGGUUCUUACAUCCGGGGGUCUUACAACCAGAGUAUCUUACAUCCAGGGCUCUUAGAAGCAGGGGUUCUUACAGCCAAGGUUUCUCACAACUGUUGAAGCAAGGAUUCAUUUUAAGAUUCUUCUUAUCACAUAAAAGAUCUUAAAUGGACAAUCUGCUGGAUAUCUGGAACCUCUGAUUAAUGAUUAUCAUCCAUCAAGAGCUCUAUGAUCGUCAUCCCGUUCGCUAUUAUGAACCCCAGCCAUAAAAUCCAAAACACUCCAGCACCUCAGUUAUGGAACACUACCCCAGAAUAUAUCAAAAAUGCCGACAGUGAUACAACAUUUAAAACAAAACUUAAAACAUUUCCAUUCAGGAAAUGUUUCAAUUGAUUCUCAUGCUUAACAUUUUAGUUUUUUUUAAAGUUUUACAAUACUUGAUGUAUAACUGAUGUCACAAUAGGCUAGAAAUGUAAUGAUCUUCAAUCGGCUGUCAUAAUGUAAAGCGCAUUGAAAAUAGAAAAGCGCUUAAUAAGAAUCUAUAUUAUUAUUAUUAUUUAACUAGAGGUCUUACAACUAGGUGUUCUUUCAAAAAGGUGUUCUUACAACCAGGGGGUCUUACAAGCAAGGGUCUUACAUCCAGGGGUUCUUAAAACCGGGGGUCUUACAAUCAGGGGUUCCUACAACCAGGGUUUCUUACAGGCAGCGGUUUUACAACUAGGGGUUCUUACAAGCAGGGAUUCUUACAACCGCGGGUCUCACAACCAGGGGUUCCGACAAUUAGGGGUCUUACAACCAGGGACUCUUAGAACGAGGGGUUUUAGAACAAGGAGUUCUUACAGUCGGGGGUCUUAGAACUAGGGGUCCUUACAACCAGGGGUCUUAAAACCAGCGGCUCUUUCAACCAGUUGUUCUUACAACAUGGUGUCUUAGAAGCAGGGCUUUUUAUAAACAGGGCUUCUUACAACCGGGGGUCUUACAACCAGGGGUUCUUACAACUGGAGGUCUUACAACCAAGGGUUCUUACAACCUUGGGUCUUACAACAAGUUGUUCUUACAACCGGGGGUCUUACAACUAA